AUGGAGCCAGCGGGCGCGUACGGCGCCGGGAAGGCCGGGAGCGUCAGCUUCGAUCCGGUCGCCUUCUUCACGCAUCCCCGCACCAUCCUCAGACUGAUGUCGUGGGUUUUCUCCAUGGUGGUGUUCAGCUGCAUCGUGAACGAGGGCUACAUCAACAUCGGCAGCGAGCGUUUGCUGUGUGUCUUCAACAACAACGCCGACGCCUGUAACUACGGCGUUACCGUGGGUGUGGCCUGUUUCCUCGGCAGCAUCUUUUUCCUGAUCCUGGACAUUUACUUUCCCACCAUGAGCAGCGUCAAGGACAGGAGACGUGCCGUCCUGCUGGACCUCGUCUUCUCUGGUCUCGCCAGCUUCCUGUGGUUCGUUGGCUUCUGUUUUCUGGCCAAUCAGUGGCAGUUGACCUCUCCAGAUGAGCUGCCAUUGGCUCAGGGCUCCGACGCCGCCAGAGCCACCAUCGCCUUCUGCUUUUUCUCCAUCCUCACCUGGGCCGUGCUGACGCUGAGCGCGCUGCGACGCUUCUUAACUGGCAGCAACGCAAACUUGUUCACCUGGCAGCACCUGGAGCCCGCCCCAAGCAACGCUCGAGCCACGCCGUACCCCAUCGCCAACGGUGCCACCAUAGUGACCACCAACCCCUACCAAGCCCCGCCCUUCACUGAAACUCUGGACCCCCAGAAACUGACACAGCAAAGACCCAUGGCCCCGGCCUUCUAG